CCCCCAAUUGAACGAUUUCGUUAACUUCACGCGCUUGCAGACAUCCUUCCAGUGAAUGAGGACGAGGAGGAGGAGGUGUUGCUGUGAAUGGUCUGACAAUGGUGACCCGGCAUCAAAGAGACAUUAAACCUCAUCGCCAUUCCCAGAACUCCAUUAAUUUACCAUGCGAUGCUCCAAUAACUUCAAGCGCUUGCUCUUGUUUAUGAUAGUCCUUCCGUUUUGCUCCAGCAGCGACACCCUAGGAAGCACAGUAAGCAGGAUCACGUACCCAGGAACAAACACACUCGUGUCCGCCGGCAAGUGGUUCGAGCUCGGCUUCUUCUCUCCGAACAGGAUCUCCAACUCGAGGAGUUACGUCGGAAUAUGGUGUUACAGGUCGGACACUCUGAUCGUCGCCUGGGUGGCCAACCGUAGUGCCCCGGUUGUUGGCGGCACAGCAUCAUUUGGCCUCCUGAACGGCGACCUGCAGCUGUGGAACGACGGACAACUGAUCUGGUCGACCAAUGCCACGAGUUCAAACUCUUCGACCCGGUUUGCAAAGCUUCUUGAUACAGGGAAUCUAGUGCUGACGGAAGAUGACGGAAGCAAUAGCCCUCUGUGGCAGAGCUUUGAUCUGCCGACCAAUACGUUCCUUCCUGGGAUGCGGAUGACCGACGACUUCAAGUUGACUUCUUGGGCAAGCCAGGAUGACCCGAAAGAGGGCAACUUCACCUUCCGGCGGGAUCAAGAAGGCGACACCAGAGACUACGACGUGAUUCGGGGCGUGACUCCUUACUGGAAAAGUGGGGUCUAUGGGAACUUCAUACCACCCGAUCGGAUGUUUCAAGUCAUCUCUUCCUUGCUCUCUAAAAGCACAACGGAUAAUCAGAGUUUGGCCGAAAACUACUGGUUGGUCAUGAACAAUGACGGCCAGAUUCAGUACUUCAAGCAGGUAAACGAAUCGAAGCCGUUUUGGUUCCAGCCGGCGAGCCGGUGUAGCGUGUUCAAUGCGUGCCCCAAGUUCCAGAGCUGCAACGAUAAGAAUGGCAAUAAGACCAUGUGCAAGUGCUUGCCGGGGUUCAAGCUGCGUUCUGGGGGGUGCCUUGGGAAAUCACAGAUGUUUGAGCGGACCAGUGAUUUCUUGAGUCUGAAGAUGAUGAAGACUGGGAAUCCAGGAAUCCAGACAGUCGGCAGACCGCAAGGAGCGAUGCAGGCAAAAGUGCAUCGACGAUGGAAAAUGCCAGGCUUACUCUUACUCGUUCGAGGAGCAUCAGCGUAGAGGGCGGCAAGUUGACAUGCUAUGCUUGGUCAAAAGAUCUAGACAAUAUGCAGGAGCUUGCGCAAGAUGGUCACAGCCUCUAUGUUCGAGUCCCGCUUUCAAACAUAGGAUGUAGUAGCAGGAGCUGUGGUACUUGUGGCACUAAUUUAGUCCCCUACCCUUUAAGCACUAGACAAAACUGUGGCGAUCCGUUAUACUCUGCAUUUCACUGCAACAGCGCAACUGACCAGCUUUACUUUGAAUGGCACAAAAGUGACUACAGAGUCACUAACAUCAGUCCAGAAGAUUGAACAUUUACCAUCCAAGUCAAUUCAACCAAUUGCACAAGUGGCGGUCUGAUGGAAAUCAAUCAGCAGCCUAACCAGUCCUUGCCAUUUAGUGUGAGUAGCAGGUGUUAAGACUUCAGC